AUGUCAAUUAAGUCCCGGAUUCCGGGUGCUGAACCCAAAGAAAACUGCGGAGUUGAAUCCGUUCUCUCAUUUCAUCACAUUUGCUUCACUUCAUUUGAUAUUUGUGCCGUUGACAAUAUGGCGUUCGUACCAAUUCUAAAAAUGAAGAUGGAUGAACUCUUCAUUCGCUGGUUGACAGAUGAGGUCACCCAGGUUGGCUUGAAGCAGAGUCUUGUGUUUCUCAAGUCCAACGAUCGAUUAGAGGCUAGUCGAGCCGUUCGCCGUAUUGUUGUGCCAAGUCCUUUCGCGCAAUCCUCUCAUUCGUCGGAGGCCUGGCACCCAAGUUCCUCCCUUUGCUCACCUUGUGUCUCUCCACGACCACUCACACCUCCGCACUUCCCCACCACCCACCGCAAUCUUCAUGAUCGUCAACCCCAAUCUCCUCGACGAUCUCCUCUUCCCUGCUCUACAAAAUUUGCGUUAGAUCAGGCGAUGAUGAUUCAUCUUAUGUACUGCUUGCUCACUGAGUGGAUCGAGUCCGUCGUGCUAAAACCAUUUGCAGAAUUAUCAAGGAAACCUAGAAGCUACGUUGCAUAUACAAUGGUGGAUGUGAGCUCCGGCGCACACUGUUUACGACCUGUUUUGGCUAGACUACUACUUGGAGCCACGCCAUACGGCACACGGUGGGGCGGUGGUAAUGUUUCUACCGGCCCUGGAAGUCCCCCCUCCAGUGGCGUCCCAUCUGUCCUAGCCACCAAUUCGGAUUACCUCUCCCACCUAAAGGUGAAAGCAAACCAAGACAACUCCGCUACUAACCCCAACAGCAAAUAUCUUGGCAGUGUAUUCAACAGUCAUCAAUCCAUCGGACCACGGAAUCACAAAAUGCCAGUGUGUUAUGGAGUGCAGAGUUUUGUUAUGGCCUCACGGGCGCCCGUUUUCCAUGCCUGUUCGGUGGAUUUAUCCUGGCAGACUACAGUCCAUGCUUGCCAGCGGUGUCCCCGAGCGGCUAUGACGCCGAGUGCUGCUACAGCAGCCAUCGCCACCCAGUCCAACGUAGAGGGCACUACCUCACGAUUUUGUCCUGCCGGAGUCCACAUGGGCAAGUGUCUCCCCGCCCAGGAGGUCUACACAGAUGUUUGGGGCUCUGUCUCCAGCAUUUCUUCUGCACUGAGUGGUGGGGUAGUGCCACGGGUGUCGCAGAAAUUUCCGGACUUGUCGAAAAGUCCAGAUGUUCCGUUUCCUCCCCCGUCCCUGAUUGAACCCUGGGCACUACCCGAUCUGCCUCUCCCAACCACUGUCCACAGCAAGGCCUCCUUCUCGCCCAGCGUCCCUAUUGAUGUUCAAUCCGCCUUGCCCGAUGAUAGUACUUCUACACCUAGCAAUGCAACUUCGCUCAAGCAGCAGAAAACCACCCCACUUCCGAAGCCCCCGGAGGAUAAGGAGCUCACUCCAUCUCCAAGGGCACCAGGGCCGGCUGAAGAGGCGAUUUCUGCAGCCAAGACUCUUGUACAAACGGAAGUAGAUGAGGUUUCGAUUUCUCGACAGGAAACUCCAUCACCAUCAGAAAAAGAGGAUGUUGUUAUGGUUAAGCCGGCGAACGAAAAUGUAUCUAAAGUGACAGAAAAAACGCCCACAGUUAUUCCGGCUGAAAAAGUGGAACGUACGAAUGGAAGUCCUGCAGUUAAUUCCACGGCUCCAGGAACCACCAUCACUCCCUCUCCCUCACUCACCCUCACCAAGGAUGCCGGAAAGGACACCACUACAGAGGAGACAGUGCUUUCUAAGGAUGAGACUUCUACAGUCCCCUCUUCAGUUUCCACGGUCUUGCCACACUUUGAAGACGACAAGAGCAAGGAAUCUGUCCUCAAGGAAAGAAAAGGGGAGGAAGAGAAGAGAACUGAAAUGCCAGAGGUAGCUAAGAAGGUACUUAAACAAACUCCGAGUGGGGAUGCCACAGGACCAGUGCUGAAGCCUCUACAGCCGAGCAAGCGGGUGCCGCAGUUCUACAUCCCCAUAGGGAGUUCUCUUCUCUCCCUUACGGAACUGGGCUCUGCUAUGGAUAAAGUACAGGCCUGUAUUCUUGAGGGGUUGGCGGCAUCUGCGCCUACUCAGAAGAAUGAUGACGAAGCUGAGGAGACCAACACCAAGAAUCCGGAGACUUCAACGGUCACGACGGUCAUAGUGGAUGAGAAAAAGGAGCAGUACACACCGCCUACCAUGCUCACUGUCGAAUCUCUCAUUCCCUUUAGUCGCUUUAACAUUGUCACCAAGGCUUGUGGCUGUCCGCUCUACUGGAAACGGGCACUUUUUAAGGCUGCUGGUGGCGAGAACGACAGCACUGCCGUACCCGUCACUGCAAUUCUCUCCCUUUGGCGUCGGGUCUUGGAGACUUGUCCUGAUGCUGCAUCUCAAUUCAUUUACCUGCUGACCAAAGGCAAAGCUCAGUACCUAGUGCCUGAUGACUUCUGGCCGAUAAUCCAAGACGUGGUGGACACGCACCCUAGCUUGACCUUCUUGCAAGCGGCCCCAGAGUUCCAUGCGCGCUAUGUGACAACGGUGGUGUCGCGCAUCUUCUUCUGUGCCAACACCUCCUGGUCGGGCCGUAUCAGUCUAGGCGAGCUGCGACGCUCCAACUUCCUCGAUGUUCUCGCCAGCCUCGAGACGGAAGAGGAUAUCAACCUCGUCACGCAGUACUUCUCCUACGAACACUUCUAUGUUAUCUACUGCAAGUUCUGGGAACUCGACACUAAUCACGAUCUCAUCAUCAGCAAGGCCGACCUCGCCAGGCAUAACAACUAUGCUAUCUCAGAGCGUAUGAUUGAUCGGAUAUUUAGCGGUGCCGUUACACGCGGGACUUCCUUCAAGGAAGGUACAAUGACUUACUCGGACUUCGUGUGGUUCCUUCUGGCAGAAGAGGACAAACGGCAUCCACGAAGCAUCGAAUACUGGUUCAGAUGCAUGGAUUUGGACGGAGACGGAGUGCUCUCACUGUACGAAUUGGAAUACUUCUACUCAGAGCAGUCAGCACGGAUGGAGGAGAUGGGCAUUGAGCCACCGACACUGGAGGACUGCCUCUGCCAGUGCCUCGAUAUGGUUCGACCCGCCCUCUCCGAUAAGAUCCGUCUCUCUGACCUUAAGAGGUGCAACCUCUGUCCCGUCUUCUUCGACACCUUCUUCAAUCUUCCCAAGUACCUCCAACACGAACAGCGGGACCCCUUCUCCAACCUUCAGGCCAUCGAAGAGGGCCUGACGGAUAUUUCGGACUGGGAUCGCUACGCUUCGGACACCUAUGAGAUGCUCAUCGUCUCGGAAAGCGGUGGCGGGGGUACCGGCGGCGAGGACGACAAUGAGGAGGACGAGGAAGAUGAGGACUUGGAUGCCUCCUCCCCGGUCGCCUCCGCAGAGGCCGAACCGCUGGCCGCCCCGUCAUCCGAGAAGUCUAUUACCCUUGGGGAGGUUACCUCACCAUCAUCAAAGGAGGUCACCGAACCCUCCUCCUCCGCCUUCGCACAACCUAUUGUUACCACUGCUGCCGAGUCGAUGAAGGAAUCUGCUUAG